AUGUGGGAUUCAGUGGUCUUUGAGGAUGUGGCUGUGGACUUCACCCUGGAGGAGUGGGCUUUGCUGGAUUCUGCUCAGAGGGACCUCUACAGAGAUGUGAUGCUCGAAACUUUUCAGAAUCUGGCCUCAAUAGAUGAUGAAACUCAAUUUAUGGCCAAUGGGUCAGUUUCUCAGCAGUGUAUUUAUGGAGAAAAAGUAACUAAGGAACCUAAAGUAGCAAAAUUCACCAGAAAUGAUUCCUGGGCCUCUGUUUUAGGAAAAAUUUGGGAAGACCUUAGCACUGAAGAUCAGCACACAAGGGAGGGGAGAAAUCUGAGAAAUUACAUGGUAGAGAGACUCUGUGAAAGUAAUGAUCACGGUGGAGAAGCCUUCAGCCAGAUUCCAAAUCUUCACCCAUACAAGGAAAUUCCUACUGGACUAAACCAGGAUGGAUACAGUGCAUAUGGAAAAGUCUUCAUGCAUCAUUCAUCCCUCAAGAGUCACAUCAAAGUUCACACUGGACAAAAACCAUAUCAGUGCCAGAAAUGUGGGCAGGCCUAUGGUUGUCAUUCACACCUAAGAGCACAUGUUAGAACCCACAAUGGAGAGAGACCCUAUGCUUGUAAAUUAUGUGGGAAAACCUUUCCUCGUACAUCUUCCCUCAAUCGGCAUAUACGGAUUCACACUGCUGAGAAAUCCUAUGAAUGUAAGCAAUGUGGGAAAGCCUUCAUUGAUUUUUCAAGUCUUACUAGUCAUGUGAGAAGUCACACUGGAGAGAAGCCAUAUAAAUGUAAGGAAUGUGGGAAAGCCUUCAGUUACUCCUCGACUUUUCGAAGACACAUGAUAACACACACUGGAGAGAAGCCAUAUAAAUGUAAGGAAUGUGGGGAGGCCUUCAGUUAUUCCUCAACAUUUCGAAGACACAUGAUAUCACACACUGGAGAGAAGCCAUAUAAAUGUAAGGAAUGUGGGGAAGCCUUCAGUUAUUCCUCAGCUUUCCGAAGACACGUGAUAAUGCACACUGGAGAGAAACCCUAUGAAUGCAAACAGUGUGGGAAAACCUUUAUUUACCUCCAGUCCUUUCGGAGACAUGAAAGGAUUCACACUGGAGAGAAACCCUAUGAGUGCAGACAGUGUGGGAAAACCUUCAUUUAUCCCCAGUCCUUUCGGAGACAUGAAAGGACUCAUGGUGGAGAGAAGCCCUAUGAAUGCAACCAAUGUGGGAAAACAUUCAGUCAUCCCUCAUCCUUUCAAGGACAUAUGAGAGUGCACACUGGAGAAAAACCCUAUGCAUGCACACAGUGUGAGAAAACUUUUAAUUGGCCCAUAUCCUUACGAAAGCAUAUGAGAACACACACUAGAGAGAAACCCUAUGAAUGUAAGCAGUGUGGGAAAGCCUUCAGUUUGUCUGCCUGCUUUCGAGAACAUGUGAGAAUGCAUCCUGAAGACAAAUUGUAUGAGUGCAAGCUGUGUGGGAAAGCUUUCUACUGCCACAUAUCCUUACAAAAACACAUGAGGCGCCACACUGCAGAAAAACUCUAUGAAUGCACACAGUGUGGGAAAGCCUUCAGCUGGCCUGAACUCUUGCAGCAACAUGUGAGAACACACACUGUAGAGAAACCUUACAAAUGUAAUGAAUGUGGGAAAGUCUUCAAAUGGCCAUCAUCUUUACCAGUACAUAUGAGACUGCACACUGGAGAGAAACCUUAUACAUGUGAGCAGUGUGGGAAAGCCUUCAGUUGUUCCUCAUCAUUAAGAAGACAUAUGAGAAUACACACUGCUAAAAAACACUACAAGUGUGAUGUGGGACAUCCUUCUGCAGAGGAAUUGAUGUGUAGUCCUUCAGAAAACUCACACCAGGAGAGUAAUCUUAUAAACUCUGUAAAUAUAUUGCCUUUAUGAGUACCUCAUCCUUACAGUGGACUCAUAAGAAGUGUGUUUAUAGUUUAUUUACAAAUAAACAUUAAGAUGAAAAAUAAUUCUUUUUGUGUGUGUGUGUGUGUGACUGUGCUCAGCCAGGGAGC